CCGGUCCGGCGCUGAGGAUCCAUUUCCAUCGGUUCUUACAGCCGCUCCCCAGACCCCAACAGCCAAAAUGGUGAAACAGAUCGAAACCAAGGCCCCUUUUCAGGAUGCCUUGGAAGCUGCAGGUGAUAAACUUGUUGUAGUUGACUUCUCAGCCACGUGGCGUGGACCUUGCAAAACGAUCAAGCCUUUCUUUCAUUCCCUCUCUGAAAAGUAUUCCAGUGUGGUGUUCCUUGAAGUGGAUGUGGAUGACUGUCAGGAUGUUGCUUCAGAGUGUGAAGUCAAAUGUAUGCCAACCUUCCAGUUUUUUAAAAAGGGACAAAAGGUGGGUGAAUUUUCUGGAGCUAAUAAGGAAAAGCUUGAAGCCACCAUUAAUGAAUUACUCUAAUUAUGUUUUCUGAAAACAUAACCAGCCGUUGGCUAUUUAAAACUUGUUGAUUUUUUAAAUUUACAAAAUGUAUUAAGUAUGGAGACUAUAUAACCAACUGCCAUCUG